UCAUAAAUUUCCCUCUUUUUUUUUUCAUCUGUAAGGAAAAAAAAAGUUCACUCUUUUGAUAAAAGGGCGGGAUAGAAUCAACAUUUUCCUACCCACUUUCCCGGAAAAUGGUACCGACGAAAGGCCAGUAAAUGGGUAGCCACUGCCACACCAAGUUGUUUCAUAGGACAGGGUCUGUGAAUCAUGCCUAACUGGCGGUGACUCGAUAUUGAAAGAAUCUGCAAAGAAAGAUAGAGCUGUCACAAGAGCAAUGAGUAACAAACAAUUCUCAGGGACCAGAGCAACAAGGUCAUCCACCUUCAAAGAGCCGAAAGGUGGUAAAACUAAGGAUGUUCCUCAACUUGAUCAUUCAAUUUCAAAUGUUAUAGAAGGAGACCAUUCAAGUUCUCCACCAGAUAUUUGGAGGAUCAUGGACCAACCUGAUGAUGAGAUCGAUGAGGAUGAGGAGGUCGAAGAUAUCAUUUCUGAUGACCCGAAUGAAGAGGAGGAGAAUAGUUCGACGACUAAAGGGGUAGUGAAAUUGGCAAAAAUAAUUGCUGAUAAACUCAAUGGAAUUAAGAGACACUUGAAGUUCAACAAGAAAGGAAAAUCUAUUGGGACUCCAAAUAGAGAGCUGCAAUGUUAUUUAGGAAUGCAGGCGAAGACAAUGGUGCCGAUAACAAUCGACCAUUGGCGCCAUGUUCCUGCUGAAAUAUUAGAUAACUUAUGGAAAGAUGUAAAUGAAGCUUUCUACUUGAAUGAUGGAAUGAGGAAAGAAAUUCUGAGUUCAGUAAGCAUUAAAUGGAGACAUUUCAAAACAAGCUUGAACAGAAAGUUCGUAGCUCCAUAUUUGGAGAACCCGGACUUAUUGAAAGCAAAACCCCAUGCUCUCGAAAAACCUCCACCUUUAUAUAAGGGGAUUACGGAAAAGACUUGGAAACAAUUUGUUUCCAUUAGAGCAACUAAAGAAUUCCAAGAGUAUAGGAAGAAACAACAAGAAAGGCGCGCCGGUAUAAAGUCUCCUCAUGGAUUGUCAAGUCGUAGUUACAAUGAGAUAGAAGCUGAUCUUCGAAGUGAAUUUGGCGCAAAUGAGUCAAUAGACCGAUCUAUUCUUUGGAAGGAGGCAACAGAAGAUUCUUCAGGGGAUUAUCGAACUGAGCUUGACGAGUUAACAACAAAUGCCACUGAUAAUCCGCUUGAGAAAAGAAAAGCAGGUGGGCUUGUAGAGAUUGGGAAAAAUGAUGUAUUGACCCAAGCGUUGGGGUCUUCCAAACACCCACGUCGAGUUCGAAGCCAAAGCCAAGGGGUGAGUCAGAUAGACUGCUUUCCGAAGCCAACUGAGGGUGUGAGAGAAUCUCAAGAACAACAUGGCGGAGUGUACUUUCAAGAUUUUGAUAAGUUGCAGCAGUCUUUCGAUGAAAAACUGAAGAGUCGUGAAGUAGAAUCAAAGAAAGAAAGAGAUAUGUUUUUGGCUAAGUUUGCUGAACUUUCAAGCCAAAUUGCAACACUACAAGAAAAUUUAACUGGCCAUUCUUCAACAAGUAUGCCUACUACUUCGCCAAUAUACGAGACACCUACACCUAUGGAGGGAGUAGGGGAGUUUUGCACGCCUAUGAAUAUCGAAACAACAAAGACAUUGCAGGAAACCCAAAAGUGCAAGUUGUUGGGCAAGAAAGACGGUGAUGUUGUUGCCGUUGGAGAAGUCAUAGCUAAGCAAGGGAACAUUCAUGGAAAACCCUUAGGAAAGGGUAACUACUGCGUGGUGGUAAACGAGUGUUUGGACAAGAAUGCCGAGAUUCCAAUUCCAAAUGGGAACGAGAAGACUUUAGUAGCUCAUGUUGUCAACAAUUCCGUUGCGUGGCCAUCUCAUUUGAUCAUUCAUGGCGACGAAGAAAUAUCGCGGAAGAGAGCAAAGAAGAAUGAGAAGAAUGUUUCUCUACCUAUUGCCCUAAUGACACAAGAGAAGACUCAUACUUCCAUACAACUUCCUAAUCAAAUUGAUAGUACCCCAUUGAUCUCCAAAAUUCCUAAUGAGCUUCCAAAGUACUUGAGGAUUCUCUUUAGAAGCAUAAAGUAUAUGGAGGCAGGUCUCAUAUUCCAAGUCCAAAUGGAUGCUGAAUUAUUAGGUCAUCCACAUAUUUUAUGCAUUUCUCAAGAAGAUAUAAUCCGAUUUGGCUUAAUGGAGAAGGUUGGAGUACCAUGUAUUUCCUUUUAUAUAAGAGUUCUAUAUUCCGAAUUAGCAAACAAGGAUAUAAAUCACUUUAUUGGAUUCCUCGAACCGAGUUUUUCGUCAAAUGUUGGCGCCAUUGAAGUGGAGCGAGCUCGUUUGAUAUCGAUUCGCUUAGAUAAGUCGAUACAAGGUCAAUUUUGGUUAUUACCAUACCAUUUGAGAUAUCAUUGGACUUUAAUAAUAAUUGAUAAAGAUCACCAAAUUUGUUACUUCCUUGAUGCUCUUGGAAAUCCUCCACCAGAAGAUCUUAAGUUACUUAUGUCCAUGGUUUUCGACAAAAAUGGCGGUGCUAAAUGGAGAACAAUCGAGUGCCCUCGUCAAUCAUCAACAGCGAAAUGCGGCUUCUAUGUUCUAAAGAUGAUGAAAGACUUUGUUACGAAUGAGGCACCGAUUCGGUGGCUUAAUUUUCAUUGUAGCGAAAAGAAUCCGUACACUUUAGAAGAGAUCAAUGAAGUACGCGAUGAAUGGGCGUUUAACCUAAUCGAAUGGAUGCCAUAAGUUAAUUAGUUUGUUAAUGUAAAUAGAAAUGUUGUGAAUCUUCUUUAUAUUUACUAUAAAAAAAAUUAAGAGCUUAUUUUUUAUUAAAAAAAAAAAAUUAAGGGCACAAUUAAUUUUACAGUUUCUACGAAUUAAAAUUAUUUUUGUAUAUAAAAAAUAAAAAAUGGACAAACAAAUUUCAAAAA